CUUCUUUCUACACUCUUCCUGUAGAUAAUCUCGUCUACAUUUUCUUUUCUUUACGGGAAACUCCAGCGGAGGGACCUACUUUUUGGAAUUUUUGCCUCCCCACCUCGAUCUGUGCGACCCUGACCGUGCGUCACUUCCCACUGGGGACAAAGCCAACAACACUCUCUCUCUCUCUUGGUUCAAUCGAUAUUCGCUUCAUCUCUGGGCUAUCCCUUUUAAACUUAUUGUUUCUUCUUCCUUGACGAGCGGGCUUCACAUAGAUACCAUUGUUACUGAUCAUCUUUCUUCUCAUCACACCUUAUCCUCGACCAGUCAACAGCUCUCAGGCAAUCAAGACAAAGGAAAGGGAACCCGAUUCAAAGGAUCUGUUGCUUGACGGGUUAUCAGGGGACAAAAGGGAAAGAAAGAGCUUGGGUCUGAUCCCAAUCGCCUUGUGCUGGGUCGAAUCAACAAGAACCCAACGUCUUCGAAGAAGGGGAGAGAAAAAGGAGAAGAUCCCAAAGGCUGCCACUACCCCGGCUUUUCCACAACAUUCCAGUGUAUUUCGUGCUGGCUCUCGAAAUAACCGCCCUUCAUUCACACCUAACCGCCCUUGGAGGCGCAAACGUCACCUUUCCUCAUCACACCUGAGGUUAUCAGCUCCAGAUCCCAGAGCUUCCAUCCGACCUCUUGCUCUUAUUACACACUCUCCUCUUCCCUACGACCUCAAGAUGUCUAGCGCGGCGGGCUCAAACUCCGCCAUCGACCCGGAGGUGGAGAACCAGCUGUUGUCCAACUACCUCUACUAUGUCCUCACGGUGGGUGCCGCUCUCGUGAUCGGCUACAAGGUCUACGUUGUCACCCUUAGAUAUCUGCGAACGGUAUCGUCUCUGGGCAACAGCACACAGCACUACUUUGCCAGGGAGUCAUGGAAGGCAGCGUUUUUCAAGAGGAGCAUCCAGUACUCGCCCGUGCUGCACAAGCGUCACAACCGCGAGUUCGCCCUCAGCUCCGCGGUGAACAUGGGCACGCUGCCCACCAGGCUCCAGCUCUUCAUCCUGGCCGGCUACUUUGCUACCAACAUUGCCUUCUGCCUGAUCGACAUCAACCUCCACAGCAACUUCUCGUCCUGGAUCGAUCUGCUCCGCAACCGCACCGGUGUCCUGUCCAUCGUCAACAUGGUGCCUCUGUUCCUCAUGGCUGGGCGCAACAACCCCUUGAUCAACUGGCUCGGCAUCUCCUUUGACAGCUUCAACCUGAUGCACCGAUGGCUAGGACGUAUCGCCGCCCUCGAGGCCAUUGCCCACACCUUGUGCUACUGGAUCGGAAGCUCUGCCGACAGCAGCUUCGCCUCGGUCUUUGCCAAGACGCUGUCCAGCGAGUUCCUGAUGUGGGGGUUCAUCGGUACGGUCGGCUUCCUCUUCCUGACCAUCCAGGCCGCCAGUGCCAUCAGACACGCCUGGUAUGAGAUCUUCAAGAUCCUCCACAUCGUCGGCGCUGCCGUCACCGUCGUCGGCGUAUGGUACCACUGCCAGCUCAAGGCCAUGAGCCAGCUCAACUACCUGUAUGCUGUCGUCGCCCUGUGGAGCUUCGACCGUGCGGCCCGCAUGAUCCGUGUCGCCUACGGCAACUUUGGGGCUGGAGGUACCAAGACCGUCGUCGAGGCCCUCCCUGGCAACGCCGUCCGCGUCACCGUCACCAUGGCACGGCCGUGGGCGUUCGCACCAGGCCAGCACGCCUACCUCUAUUUCCCCAGCAUCAGCUGGACGCAGUCCCACCCCUUCUCGGUCGGCUGGAGCGAGGAGUCUGAGAUGCACGACGGUGAGAAGCUGUCCAUGGACCGCAACGACAUCCUGGGCUACCGCAAGACCUCCAUGUCGUAUGUCAUCCGCGCCCGCGCUGGAGCCACGGAUACGCUGUACAAGAAGGCUGCUGCAUGCCCCGACGGCCGGCUGGUGACGACGUGCUUCGUGGAGGGCCCGUACGGCGGCCUGCACAACAUGAACUCGUACGGCACGGUGAUGCUCUUCGCAGGCGGUGUGGGCAUCACUCAGGCGGUGCCACACGUUCGUGACCUCGUGGCGGGCUACGCAAACGGCACCGUCGCCGCCCGCAAGAUUGUGCUGUGCUGGAUCAUCCAGUCGCCAGAGCACCUGGAGUGGAUCCGGCCAUGGAUGACGGAGAUCCUGGCCAUGGAGCGCCGGCGCGAGUGCCUGCGGAUCAUGCUCUUUGUGUCCCGGCCCCGGUCGACCAAGGAGAUCCACUCGCCCUCCUCGACCGUCCAGAUGUUCCCUGGCCGCCCCAACAUUGAGCACCUCAUCGGUGCCGAGAUGGAGAACCAGGUGGGCGCCAUGGGUGUCACCGUGUGCGGCCCUGGUGCGCUCUCCGACGAGGUCCGCCUUGCGGUGCGCAACCGCCAAUACAACGGCACGAUUGAGUUCUGCGAGGAGGCCUUCUCAUGGUAAAUGCGCAGUUCUCUCUCAUCUGCGUCUGUUGUUCUUUUCAAUUUUCCAUUGUCCUCCGGCCCAAACCCCAUGAUGAUCACAUCUUUCAGCCUCCUCUCCAUGAAUCAUCGGCGAUACCCAAAGCGUCCUCUUCUAGCAGCCAUCUCUGUCUCUCUCGGUGCGCGUGUGUAAAUACAUUCUUUCUUUUUUUUUUCUCUUCUUUUCUCUGAUUUACGACAUCUUCCUGUCUUUGACAAUUUUUGACCUUUUUCCUCCCUCUCGUGCGUUUGUCUCUGGUUCGAGCGACCAUGUUUGGACGGAUGAACUGGGCAAAGUUUUUUGUACAUCAUUUGGUGCGCUGCAGGAAGGGGGUGGUGUCUAGGAGCAGCUUGUAUCAGUGGAUAUUUGUGGGGGGGGGGGGGGGGUCCGGUGCAGAUAUAGAGAGAGAUGGAUGGUGGCUAGAUAUGGCAUGACAAAUGAAGUCUACUGAAGACGAACAUUUCAUAAUUGAUUUCGAUGUGAGCCACUAC